AUGGAGCGCCUAAAGUCGUUGGGAGAUCGCGCGAGGGAGGAGGAGGGGGUAGCGCGUGGGUGGCUCCUUUCGCUGGCGAGCGAUGGUUGGACGCGGGUGGGCACGGCCCGCACGCGCCUGUGCCCUUACGAGGGCAACGGUGACUGGAGCUAUCUCGCGUGCAACAGGUGGCAUCCGCCAUUCACCAUCUCUGCGAGCAUCGCCCAAGCAGACAAAAGGCUCCUUCUGAGGGCAACGGAGGAACUUGCGGAUGCCAUUGGAGGCCACGACGCCGGAAUCACCACCCUUCCGUCCUGGGCCCUCGGUGCUUUUAUUGAAUAUGGCAGGUCCCAGCAACGCCACGGCUAUGUUUCCUCAGCCUUCAACAUCGAACGCUUCUCCCCCGACAAUCUAUCGCCCAGCGAUGCCGCCAUGGUAAUGGGUUUGGUUUGCAAGGACGAUGGGGACGCCAUUCUCCCGUUGAAUCAGAUUGACUUGGAAUGGGCCCAAGCCGUCAUGGCGGUUUUACUGGGUGAGGCCCACGAUGGCAUUGCCGUGCCGUCGAGGUCCCAAAGCAUCAGUGGCUCCGACAGCGCCGCCUCCGGCUCUGAAAGCGGGAGCUCCGGCGAUGGCAGUAGUGAUGAACGGGUUGCCGACAGGAAAGGUAUGUGCCCAGGGCUGCUCUCGGGAGACCUUUCUCAUCUUGGCCCUGGGGCAUUGGAGAAGGCAAGGCGGCCCAACUUGCCGCUACGGGGCCCAGGGGGAAGAGGCAGAGGGGGGUCCCAAGAAGCCCGAAGGGGCUUCCACCAGUGCCGGGCCACCGUGCCACGAAGGAGACGGCUUUCCGCCCCCAGGCGACCUGCCUCACAUGCUUGUCAAAGCACGGAUCGGCUCCAGCGAGCUCCAAAGAUCGACCUUGCGAAAGCGACCACUGUAGCCCAAGCCAAUGCAUUGUGGAGGGCGUCGUCCGACAGUGAGGAGAGCGAGCCGUUCACAGGAUCCAGCGAUGACGGGCCGUCCUCGGAUAUGGCACUGGACGGCGAGCGGCCACGCAAGCGCCCGCGAAAGACAGCGCACUUCGCCGACUCCCCAGACUCCCACUUGAAACCAGAGCACCGUGCUUCAUCGAUUCCUGGCGCGGGGCAAAGCGACUCACCCCCAAGACGAGCCCAUGCCGGCGGGCAGCAAUUUGAGGGGCAUCGGGUCUUCGGUGCGGAGCACAGCACUGGAAACCCCGCGGGUGGGGACAGGCUGCUGACACGGAUCGCGGCGCUUGAGGCACGCUUGCUGGAGCAGGCCUCCGGCACAAAAGCGCUCGCAGCCCGCGUCGAGCUCCUCGAGGAUCGGUUGGAGCGCGCGGGGGCUUUCGACCAGGGCCUCUGGCGCCACGGACAGAGCGAUCGGCAGUGA